GAGCGAAAGAGACGGUGUUCUUCCACGCAUUCCGGAGGGGACAAGGCAUGCACAUUGAACAUUAACUAGGGGCAUUUCAGUCAUUCCACAUAUCCCACCCGUUAUAGCAUUAGCGUAACACCCUCUCUCUAUCACACACACUUUGCUUCAUCAAUGGCCGAUGUCACCACCUACCUCCGCCACCACCGCUGCGACCCCGACGACGACCAAACCCUUAUCCCUUUCCCCUAUUGCUCCCCUCACGAUUUCGAUUUCGAUUUCGAUUUCUACUCCUCCGAUCCCGAAUUCCCCCCCAACCCUUUCUCCCUCUCCGACAACGAAAACAAGGUCAAUUUCGUCAUGGAUCUCUUCCACCAACGCGUUGAACAGUCCCAGCUCUCCGAUCCGCUCCCUAACCAUUCUCUCUUCGGCGUCAUCGACGGCUUCCCCCUCGAUCUAGCCUUCGCCGCCGCCGACGACGCCGACGACUUCGUCGGAACCACGCUCUCCGGAUCCCACUCCCCUGACCACCGCGUUCCCUUCGUUGCCUUCUCUGACACCGACGAGGACGAAGCCAACGUCGUUUUCGGCAUCUGCCCCCACUCGGACGAUGACUACAACGAAAACGACGACGUUUCCAGCAUUCCUCUCUGCUGGGACUCGCUUCAAUUAGAGGAUAACAGAGACAACUACGAAGAUUUCGAGUGGGAGGAAGUGGACGGUAGAGUGGACGAGAGAGAGGUUCUGAACAUGCUCGCCGUCGAAGACGAUAGGUCAGUUUCCGUUUCGCCAAUAACAGAAGUCAUAGAAGAUGAAGAAGAAGAGGAAGUGAACCUUGGUGAGAAUCUGGAGUGGCAAGUGUUGUUGAAUACAAACCCUGAUUUGGAAAACGAUACAGAGCCUUAUUUCGCUGAUGCUGAUGCAUACAUUUACACUGCAGAGUAUGAAAUGACGUUUGGGCAAUUGGGUGAGAACGAUAACCCCAUAAUGGGAAGGCCUCCUGCUUCUGUUUCCGUUAUGCAGAACCUUCCAUCGGUGGUUGUGACCAAAGAUGACGUCGAUAGUAACAAUGCUUUCUGUGCUGUUUGCAAGGAGGAAUUUGGUGUUGGGGAAUGCCCGAAGCUGUUGCCGUGUUCGCAUCGUUAUCAUGGUGAUUGCAUCGUUCCUUGGUUGGGGAUUCGGAAUACUUGCCCCGUUUGUCGCUACGAGUUUCCCACUGAUGACGCUGAUUAUGAGCGUAGGAAGGCCCAGAGAUCGGCCCGGAGCAUGUGAUGAUGAUGAAUGAUGGUGGUAUAUGGUUAUUAGGGUCAGUUGGGAAUUGACAAUUUCUCAGCGUUAGGCUGUUCCAAGUAUAGAUUUUUUGGUCCUGAAGAUAUGCAUGUGUUUGUUGAUUUUCAAAUUUUCUCAUUGGGAUUUUAGUUUGAGAAUGUUUUCUCUUUGAAUUGUACUUUGGGAUACAUCAUAGAAAUGAACCAAUUUUCGCUGGAAUAUAGUUUGGUGGUGCUUU